CAGCCCCAAUUUUCGUCUCCUCAGUACCAAGACAGCUCUGAAACAAUGAAGCUCCUCAUCGGACUGAAUCUGAUCAUCCUCGUGUCAUCGGUGUUCGAGGAAGGUGAAGUCUGCAGACGAGUUGACGACGAUCUCCAAGUCUGCAGCAAGUCUGAUACCCUGACUGGCUGCGUUGACGAGAACUCUCCGCCCAGAGGCGAAUUAACAUUGGAAUUGGCUGACGAAAGUAAAACGACGAUCGGUCGCCACGCGCUCAGCAACUUGUCCAUCAGCAGUCUUUGGAUCGAGGGUCCCUGGAGGAGGAAAGACGUGAAACCAUCGCUGUCACUCCUGCCAGAAUCCUUUGCUGGCCUGACAAGUCUGAAGAGACUAUCGCUGCGCCGAGUCCUCAUCAACUUCAACGAUGGGAGUGCACUGGCUCCACUCGGAUUACUGGAGAAGUUGGAAGUCGAAAGAAGCAACUUGACGGAAGUACCAAGGGACGUGCUGGCCUUUGUCCCAAAUCUCAGAAGCCUUUCGCUCAGUAAUAAUCAGAUCCGAGAUGUUCGUCCGAACAGUUUCGCAGCUCUGAAGCAUCUGGAGGUGCUAGACUUGACGGAGAAUGGAAUCACUGGUAUUCGACCUGGCGCCUUCGAGACAGCUGACCUAGCUGCUGGUCUUCCUCGACUGCGAGAGCUACGCAUGCCCUUCAACAGGAUUGAGAGUAUCCCCAAGGGAGUGUUUGAGAAGCUCAAGCGACUGAGGACGCUUGACAUAUCUGGCAACAAGAUUGGAGUGAUAACACCAGGUGCGUUUGGUCGACUGAUUCUCGAUGAGUUGACACUUGCUUCUAAUGACAUCGGAGUCAUCGAGACUGAGACAUUCAAUGGGCUUUCGGCCCUUCGUCUGGUUCUCAACGCAAAUCGCAUUGUGGAACUGAAGCCCGGAGCUUUCAGGGGUUUUGUAACGGAAGUGUUGGAUCUGUCGUUUAAUAGAUUGAGGCGAAUUGGUGUUGAUGAUUUUGCGGGGUUCAGCACUGAUUGCUUGAAAUUGAGCUUCAAUGAUAUUGGAAUCGUUGACCGAGGGGCGCUGAAUAAUACGGUGGGGAAAAGACUUGAAAUUUAUGGGAAUAAAGGGAUUGCUGAUUCGUUGAGGAAGGCUGAUCUGGGUCUGUCGGAAUCGGUGGAAUUACUUUCGAAGGUGGCUUUGGAGUGAAGAUAAAUUUCGUUAUAAUCCAUCAACUGCUGACAUCAUUUAUCGAGCUUUCAGUUUGAUCGAUAGCACAUCGACACCAGUGCCAUUUGAUAUUCAGGGGAAUCCCCGUUUCCAAACCCUCGUCAUAACCUCAUUUCGUCCCGUUUUUAACUUUCAGGUCAAAAUUGUUCUUUUGAAGAUUGCGACACAACUAAGGGGGCAAAAUGGGCUUAUGUCCAGUGUUCCGAUCUGGAAAUGUUAAAAAUAACACCAAACACCAAAAAAUAACACCAAAUUUCAAGUAAUAUGUUGGCAUUACAUUUAUUACCUCGAUUUAAACAAUUUGCUCAGCUCAGUUAUUACCGACUAAUUAAAAAAAACUACCCCCUAGUUACAAUUUACAUACAAAUUGGACAUUUAACGUUAAUAAUCUACACUUAAGCCUAGAAUAUUUCAAUACGAAUACUCAAUACUCACUAUUUCAUCAUUUUCGAUAUAAAAAUUCUAAAAUUAAUCUGCACCUACAUAAAAAUUUAUAAUACAAUUUCAAUUUGUUCUGGAAUAUAUGUUCAAUUUAUCAAGUCCAA